UAUAAAUUGCCGAAAUUCGGCAAACGUUGUCAAAUUCAUUUUAGUACUCGCUGUGUUGGAGGAUCAAAAGAAAUCUCAAGAUGUUUCGGGAAAUUGCUUUGAUUUUCUGCGUAUACUUCUUCACAUUAACCCCAUAUGCUGCUAUUGCUAUGACUGACGAGCAAAAAGCGAUGAUUCACAGUCAUUUCGAGAAGAUGGGAAUUGAAUGCAUUAAGGACAAUACGAUCUCCGAGGAGGACAUCAAAAACCUGAGAUCCAAGCAGGUCCCUACAGGAGAGAAUGCCCCUUGCUUCUUGGCGUGUGUUAUGAGGAAAACUGGCAUGAUGGACGAUAAAGGAAUGGUGGAGAAGGAAACAGCUCUGGAAUUAGCAAAGAAAGUUUUCAAUGAUGAAGACGAACUGAAAAUGAUUGGUGAUUAUCUUCACUCCUGCUCGCACGUGAAUACGGAAGCUGUCAGUGACGGUGAGAAGGGCUGUGAACGAGCCAUCAUGUCCUUCAAGUGUAUGCUUGAAAACGCUUCCCAAUUCGGAUUUGAAGUGUAAAUAAAGAAUGUUAUCAAGAUGUUCGGAGACAACGAAGACAAAUGGCUAAAAAAUUUUGGAAUACCGUUUCUGUAUAAAUAUUUACUUUCUAAUUUUAAUGGAAUAAAAUUCUCUCAAACAACAA